AUGUCCAAUAGCACGCAGCAGCAGGCCUCCACCGCCGGGGAGCCGGCGCCAGCAUCGGCGGCGGCAGGGGCGGCGCACAACGGCGGCGCCAGAAGCUCCGGCUGCCCGCCGCAUGUGCUGGCCGCCAUUUACGGCAAGAUGGAGAACAAGAAGGAGGCGCUGGACAAGUCGCUGCAGCGCUGGUGGUCGGAGUAUGCAGACCGCAAGAACGACGAGGAGGACGAGCAUGUGGCCGACUCGCUGCUGUACGACCGCAACCACCUGCCGCGCACCGCCCCUGCCCCAGACUGCGUGCAGCGAGCCAUGCAGCGUCCACCCGCAGCGGGCGGCGCAGCAGGGCAGGCUGCGCAGGCGGCUGCGCAGCCGCCCGCGGGAGCAGCGCCCCCGACAUGA